AUGUCUGUGAUCGAAGUACCGCGCCAUCAAACGAAUGGACACGUACAUUCCAAAGAAAUCGGAAUUCCACGUAAUGUAUUGAGCAGACAUCCACUUCAAAAUAGAUGGGCGUUGUGGUAUUUGAAGGCGGAUCGAAACAAGGAUUGGGAAGAUUGCUUGAAGGUAACUUGGAUUGCAAAAGUUGUCAAAACAAAUUGAACAAUUUUUACAGAUGGUCUCACUUUUCGACACAGUUGAAGAUUUUUGGGGACUCUACAACCAUAUUCAAACAGCUGGUGCUCUUCCAUGGGGAUCCGAUUAUUAUCUUUUCAAGGAGGGAAUCAAGCCAAUGUGGGAAGAUGUAAAUAAUGUUCAAGGUGGUCGUUGGUUGGUUGUAGUUGAGAAACAAGUAAGUUCAACCACAAUAUAUUAAAAAUAUUUUAUCAAUGUGGAAAAAGAAAUCACCUCAGAGAAGACAACAAACUCUCGAUCAUUAUUGGCUUGAAUUGUUGAUGGCGAUUGUUGGGGAACAAUUUGAAGAUCACGGUGAAUACAUUUGUGGAGCUGUCGUCAAUGUUCGUCAAAAAGGAGACAAAGUUUCUUUGUGGACUCGUGAUGCUACAAAAGACGAUGUCAAUCUUCGAAUCGGACAAGUUUUGAAGGCAAAACUUUCGAUUCCUGAUUCAGACACUUUGAGGUAUAAAUGAAACUUCACCCUUUAUCAUUUAAUCAUGAAUUUUGUUCCAGAUAUGAAGUUCACAAAGACUCAUCAGCUCGUACUUCUUCAACUGUCAAACCACGUAUUUGCAUCCCAGCCAAAGAUGUUCCUUCUCUCAAGGGUGAAAUUUCGAACUCGCCGACACCAGUUCAAUAA